GGGCAUGCCAUUCUGGAACAUGCGAUAAUUGUAUAAUUUUUGUCACUUGAGUACUCAGUACUGUUCAAAAUUUGGAAUGGACCCGGCAACGUUGGGUAAACGUCAAAGAAUAAAAAAAAGAGGUUACUUUGCUAGGUUUGUUCCUCAAAAUAAAACAUGCAGAUUUUAUAUAAAAGCAUUUCACUAUAGAUUGAACGUUUUUCACGUUUAAAAAACAUUCUAGCUUCGAAUACGUACUAAAACAUUAUUGCUAAGAAUUAAGUAGAAAAUGUAAAAUAGCUACGACGUCCAUAACUUUAAGUAUCUACAUAUUUGAUCGUUUUUUGUUUGGAACAAACUUUCUUGCAAAUGAGCUGUCAAGCCUCAAAUCAACAAAAAUAAGUUUUACACAAAGGUUAUAAAUAAAGAAGACAAAAUCUAAUUUAUUUAUCAUAAUACAGUGAGCCGUUUGCUUUUGGAACCAAGCAAAAUAUGUCCAACAAGGCUGCAAUCCUUCGUAUACAGCUGCAAGCUAUCCAGAAUUCUGGAGGAACACACAAGGACCAGGCAGAAAAGUAUCGUGCCACAUUGGAAGAGAUUCUAAAGGAACACAAUUCUGAUUUGAUAGAAUGCUUGCAGACCUUUAUCGAAGCAAUUGUAAACGAAAACGUCAGCUUGGUAAUCUCUCGCCAGAUUCUGACUGAAAUAAGCAGCCAUCUCAUGAAGCUACCAGAUGACGUAUCAAAGGUCGUGUCUCAUUAUAUGUUGGACAAAGUCCAACCAAGGGUAAUUUCCUUCGAAGAGCAAGUCGCCAGUAUCCGCCAACACUUGGCAGACAUCUAUGAACGUAACCAAAUGUGGAAAGAGGCUGCAGUGGUAUUGGUUGGCAUACCUUUAGAAACUGGACAGAAGCAGUACACUGUUGAUUAUAAAUUGGAGACUUACCUGAAAAUUGCUAGGUUGUAUUUGGAGAAUGAUGAUCCAGUGCAAGCUGAAGCAUUCAUUAACAGAGCAUCAUUACUGCAAGCAGAGUCUCGAAAUGAACAAUUGCAAAUUUAUUAUAAAGUUUGCUAUGCACGCGUGUUGGAUUACAGGAGAAAAUUCAUUGAAGCAGCUCAAAGAUACAAUGAACUCUCAUACAGAAACAUUGUACAUGAAGAUGAGAGAAUGACUGCUCUUAGAAAUGCUUUAGUAUGUACAGUUCUAGCAUCUGCAGGGCAACAACGUUCUAGAAUGUUAGCAACCCUUUUCAAAGAUGAAAGAUGCCAACAGUUGCCUGCAGUAGCUAUUUUGGAGAAGAUGUACUUGGAAAGAAUCAUCAGAAGGUCCGAACUGAAAGAUUUUGAAGUUUUUUUGCAACCACACCAAAAAGCAACCACAGUGGACGGGUCGACAAUAUUGGAUCGAGCUGUCAUUGAGCAUAACCUUCUGUCAGCAAGCAAGUUGUACAACAACAUUAGCUUCGAAGAAUUGGGAGCAUUAUUGGAAAUUCCACCACCCAAAGCUGAGAAAAUUGCUAGUCAAAUGAUCACUGAAGGAAGGAUGAAUGGUUAUAUUGAUCAGAUUGAUUCCAUAGUUCAUUUUGAAAUAGCUCGAGAGACGCUUCCUCAGUGGGACAAACAGAUCCAAUCUUUGUGCUAUCAGGUGAAUUCUAUCAUAGAAAGUAUCUCAAAGUGUCACCCAGAAUGGAUGCUGAAAGUGAUGGAUGAACAGAUGGUUUCCUAGUUAAGAACACUUAUUUUGUAUCUUUAUUGAAUAUUGCUUAAAAAUAAAAAUUAUGUAGUACACAUUUUUUGUUUUAUCUCUGGAAGUGAAAAAUUUUGGUUCUACUUCAAUAUUUU